AUGUUCUUUCAUGUCCUACAGAAUUUCACUGCCACUCUUUCACAUAUUCAAAACCAACUUAAAGAGCAAAAAUACAGGUGAUUUGACAUACUUGUCUAAUUAGUUUGUUUCAAUAUUGUGUGUGAUUGUCAGUUGUUUUGUUUCUUUGAUGACCGUUGAAAACUAAACAUCUUUUUUGCAGUUGUUUCAAAGAUGGUUAUGGGAGUGAGUGCUUGGAAACAACAGUGCAACUGCUUAAGAAGAUAUGCAAUGGAGUCCGAUCCUCAAAAUUCACAGGCAUCCCUGUAGACUGCGUGAGCCUGUUAGUCUCAGUAUCAAACUUUUCCCAGUCCAAGGUAUGUGGAAAUGACAUUACUGUUACCGUUAUGACAUUACUGUUACCAACACGUUCUCUGUGACAAAAAACAACCUGACGACCUGAACAUUCUCUUUCACAACAACUAUAUAAAACAAUGCUGGCAAUACACUGUCCGGUAUUAGAAUGAUGUUGAACAAUUCAAUUGUUGAAGACCUAAUGUCAGCCCUGGAUGCUGAUUGGCUGACAGCCGUGGUAUACCACGGGUAUGACAAAACAUUUAUUUAUACCAGUUUAUAAUAGCAAUAAGGCACCUUGGGGGUUUGUGAUAUAUACCACGGCUAAGGGCUGUGUCCAGGCACUCCGCGUUCCGUCGUGCGUAAAGAACAGCCCUUAGCCGUGGUAUAUUGGCCAUAUACCACACCCCCUCGGGCCUUAUUGCUUAAAUACAUAAUAGUAUAAUAUCCCCAGCAGUCCUGACUCUCAGAGGUAAUGGAGCCAGUGUCUUUAAACCAAAACCAUUGGCACCAGUGUCUUUAAACCAAAACCAUUGGCACCAGUGUCUUUAAACCAAAACCAUUGGCACCAGUGUCUUUAAACCAAAACCAUUGGCACCAGUGUCUUUAAACCAAAACCAUUGGCACCAGUGUCUUUAAACCAAAACCAUUGGCACCAGUGUCUUUAAACCAAAACCAUUGGCACCAGUGUCUUUAAACCAAAACCAUUGGCACCAGUGUCUUUAAACCAAAACCAUUGGCACCAGUGUCUUUAAAAUCACAUUGUGUAUUCCUAGUGUAAAUGUAGACUAUGGCCGUGUCCGAAUACCCAUACUUGCGUUCUAAGGUAUGCAUUUUAGGUAUGCAAAAACAUAAAGUUUUAUAGUAUGUGAAAUUUUCGAAAAUGUAGUAUGCUUUAAAUGCCAGGAUGUCAUACUCAUUUUGGCUUUUCAUCUAGAAGAAAUUGCUGCACACUGUUGAGGAAGACAAUCGUCUUUCCAGACUCCAGCAUGUUUGACAACAGCUGAUAAUCAAAAAAAAUGAGAUAAGGGGACACGCUGUACCCAAAUGAACGAAUGGUGGGAAUCAACACAAUUCCGCAUUAGAUGACGCAUUCUCAGGAUGCUAGUGUGUUGAUAUUUAUUGCUUACUGCAUUCGUUAUUACUGAACAGUAAGUUGUAAAUAGUAUGUACUGUAGUAGAAUGUAGUUUUAGUAAGUAGUAGACAAGACAGAUUUCAGACACAGCUAUGGCUUAGAUUUCCUGUUGCCAAACAAUAAUUACGAGACUUUAUGUAGACAUGUACUAGAAGCACGGUGGGGGGGGGGGGGAGGGGGGGGGGUUGUUGUUCAUGAAACCUGAUUGUCAUAUUUAUUGGUGUCUUGUAUACAAGGAUACCAUACAAUCAAUCAAAUCUCAAAAUCUAAAUCACAUUUUCUUAUCACUUUUUUAUAAACAGAUGGAUAUGAUUUACUUGUUUUAAACUAAGCCUUGUGGUUAUGUAUUUCCUAAAACCUGACCUGUGAAGUUUUGCACACAUCUCCCUCAGACGUUUGCAUGAGUCGUGCAAUCAUUUUCAGAGAUAUGUGUGAGUUAAGAUUCAAACGGUCAAAUGUGUAACUUUUUUUAAAUGUAAUUUUGAAAAUGACUUAUUUUUUUUAAAGACGUGUGACGUGGGAGGAGACACUGUUCACUCAAAGGAUCUGAGGCUGCUGUCUGAGUCAAUCGACAUUGUCAGAUCCUGGAUCAGUAUGACCUUCAAAGAGAAGUUACGCGAUACCUCCGAGAUCAAGGUGAGAGGAUUACUCAACUUGUUGUUGCACAGGUUAUGUCCACGCGUUUUCAUGAGAAGCUACAUUUGUUAAUGCGUUAACAUUUUAUUUUCAUGCAGAUAUAAUGCUUUAUUAUGAUAUGUUGUAUGUAUGAGCCUUUAUAUUGUAUUAUAAUAAGGAUUAGGUCUCUCUUUGUGGUAACAUGACUGACUCAAAACAGCUGCUAUUUAGUCAGGAUUACUCUUAUAAGACAUUAUAAGGGGUCAUACAUCACAAGUUUCAUAAUGUAUCAUACAUGCUAAAUAAAUAUAUAAUAUCUAUAAAUAUAAUUGAAGAAGUAGUUAGUGUAUUAAGUUCAUGUAAGAUUCAUAGAUGCUGUAUGUUGUCUCAAAGCAGUUUUUUUUUUUAAUUCAAUUUAAAAAGUACAAUUAUUAUUGUACAUUAAUUUGUUAACCAUGCUCUUCUUAUUGGUUAUGAUUCACAGAUGUGGAAUAACAUCAUCUCUCUCAGUUUUGUAAACGGGGAUUUCACAAAGAAAUGGAGACAAACUUUCUGUACGGAUUUAGAGGGCAAACUUAAACAGGUGAGGAACUGCUACAAGGAGCAGCUGUUGUAUUCGGCGCAUGUGACCAAUAAAAUUUGA